AGCAGCUCUGUGAGAGAGAGAGAGAGACUGCAAGAAAAGUCCGAGGCUGUGUUUGUUUAGAGUGUUUCUGGGGGAGAGGGUUUGGUCUGGUUCUGCUUAUUAGCUCCAAAAAUAUGUAUUGCUCAGUUGGAUGUUUGUUGUCUUUGAGCUGAGAGUCAAAAUAAUUCCCCAUCUCUCGAUCGAUCAAUACAAAACCAAAUCAUUUGUUUAUCUUCUUCCUUGUUUUCGUAGAUACAGACCCGAUAUCGAUCUCGCUUCCUUGUUCGAUACCUUUUGCAGCAGCAGCCAGCAGCUUCCUCUUUUGGAUUCGGAUAAGUUUAAUUGCCCCCACCCCCUGGCCCGCUGAGGAUGAUGAAUAUGUCCGGCGAUCCUUUCUCGCUCCCUGCCACCAUAGCUGCCGGCUUCUCCACUAUCGACCAAUCUCCAAACCCUAACCCUAGGCCCACUUCCAAUUCAGCAGCCAGGAAGAGGAGAAACCUCCCCGGAACACCAGUAGAUCCAAAUGCUGAGGUCAUUGCCUUAUCGCCGAAGACCCUCAUGGCAACCAACAGGUUCGUCUGCGAGAUAUGCAAUAAAGGGUUCCAGAGAGACCAGAACCUGCAGCUCCAUCGGAGAGGCCACAACCUCCCGUGGAAGCUCAAGCAAAGGGCCAAGGAUGCUAUAAUAAAGAAGAAGGUAUACAUAUGCCCUGAGAAGACUUGCGUGCACCAUGACCCAUCGAGAGCGCUCGGAGACCUCACCGGGAUAAAGAAGCAUUUCAGCCGAAAGCAUGGCGAGAAGAAAUGGAAGUGCGAGAAGUGCUCGAAGAAGUACGCAGUUCAAUCGGAUUGGAAAGCUCACUCGAAGACCUGCGGGACGAGAGAGUACAAGUGCGAUUGCGGUACUCUAUUUUCCAGGAAAGACAGUUUCAUAACCCAUAGAGCUUUUUGCGAUGCCUUAGCGGAGGAGAGUGCAAGAUUUACCUCUGUGGCAACUGCAAACCUAAACCUUAGAAAUAAUGAUACCUCGAUUAUCAACGGGCAAUCAGGUUUACCGCAUGGGUUCGGGAUUAAUCGAGGAGUUCAAGAUAUUGCUGGAAUUACUCAAUUGGCCAGAUCCAUGAUUCGCCCGGAUGCCAGUGGUAUGGCCGCUGGAGGAAACUCUCUUGCUGCAAUUCACGUUGAGAAUAACUCGAGAUUAUCAUUGUGGCUCAACCAAGCGAAUUCCCAGCUCACUAAUCCUGGAAAUGUAUUGCCCAAUUCAAGUCUUUUCGGUUCAUCGAGUUCAACAGGCCUGCCGGAGAUGCUACAAAUGGGGACGGCUAACAAUCUCUUUGGCUCGUCUUCGAUGCCUAAUUUUGGAGGAUUUACUCAGUUCCCUAGUUCUAGUGGUGCACUAAGUGCAAACUUAAGCUUAUCUCCGCUGAAGGAAGAAGUCAGUAAAAAGAGUAACUUAGUUGAGACCUCAUCGUCGGCGUACGGCUGCCAGAACUUGCAGCCAAGACCGGCCAUGUCAGCUACUGCGCUCCUACAGAAAGCGGCUCAAAUAGGCUCCUCGAGAAGCAACCAUUCACCUAUAUUUGGCAACACAUUCAGGGUAAUGAGCUCGUCUCCUAACUCAAGCACCUCAGGGUUCAACGCGCUCAUGAACCAAAGCCGAACGAAUAACGACGAAAAUCAACAGCCACCGCAUCUGAUUGCAGAUGUAAAGCAACCCAAGGAUUUCGCAAGCGAUUCCAGCCUGAGCUCAGUCACAAGGACGACCUCGUGCGUCAUUGAUCAAGCCCGGAUGAAGCUCCAUCCCGGCUCAAACAGUGCUGAGCAAAACGGUUUGACUAGAGACUUUCUAGGCGUGGGGGAGGUCAGCCGCUCUUUCUCCCCUGACGAGCUCGCGAGGCUGGCCUCAAUGAGCUCGGCCAUGGGAUUGGGCCAAUUCGGUAGCAACAGCUAAUUAGCCGAUUGAUGUCGAACGCUACAUUACCAUUAGUUAUUAAUCCUGGCUACAUCGUAUCAAUCGAUUAUUUGAUUUACUACGCACGUUUAUUGCACGAUCGGUGGAUCGAACCUUUUCAUCACUGGCUUGGAUUGGAUUGUGGGGAAGAAUGGGCAAGAGAUCGAAGAGAAAGAAAGGAUCAGCUCAGAUGAUUAAGCAGCCCGUGAAUGGUCAGUGAUGAGGGGGGGCAGGCGCGGGGCCCACUGCAUGUCCGAAAAGACUAAACAAUGAACGAACGACGAGUCAUGCAUGUUCUCGUUGUUUUAUAUGGUGUCUUAUUGAAUCACCCUUUGUUUUUCUAUUUCUUUAAUUUAAUAAUUUUUUUUCUUCUCCCCUUU